UCCAGAGUUCCAGCACGAGGCAGGCCACGGCGGUAAAAAAGCCUGGGAUGGGAAAUGCAGGCAGGGAGAACAUGUUGACGGUUCCAGGAGGCUGAAGCAGGAAAACCCCUCUGAUAUGUUGAAAAAUACCAUAUCGAUUGUGAAGACUCUCCAAGCCUGAAGGACUCCUGCUGCUUAAACACAAACCGGACCUGAUUGGAAGACUGCCUGGCCGUACAGCCAUGCUUUGUGAGCCCAGAUUGCUGCGCAUGACCUUUGGUGAAGUGGAGGAGUUGGACUGUGGUCCCCCUCAGGGAGCGCCGGGCCCCCCGGGGGCGGCGGCCGCCGUCACCCCGGGAAACGCUGCCCUGGCUCGCCGCAGCCCUGCGGAGCGGGCGGGAAGCCCGGACCGCCGCCGCCUUGCUUCAGAGGAGCUCUACAUCUCCCCGCUGCAGUCGUUAGACCUGCACCGAGCCCCCCCGAGCAGACCCCUGUCUCCGGGGGUUGUCAUCCCGGCCCAGUCGCCCUCGGGGGGCGACACGCCUUUCCUCGUCCCGUCCUUCUGCCAGAGCUUCUGUAAGAACUACAGCGACCUCCAUAUUGGAGGCGACCAGGUGCUGCCUCUGUCAGCCGGCGACGGCGAGCUGAGGGUGCUCGAGGAGACCCCGGGGGCCGACCGGCCCCCCCUCCAGCCCCCCGAGGACUCCCUCAUGGGGCAGCCGUCCCAGGGCGGGCUGGCGUUCCCCCUGAGGGGCGGGUCCAGCCACUGGAGGCAGGGCAGCGGGCGCGACCGAAGCUUCCUGCUGCAGGGCCGCCAGGGCCCGUUCUCCAACUCGCUCCUGAACCACUACCUGGAGCAGAAGAUCCUGGACCUCUACCAGCAGUACAUGAUGGACAACAUGGCCAGGGACGGCUCCGGCUCGGACGCGGCGCCCAUCUGCCCCCUGCUGGGCUCCGAGCUGGUGCUGACCAGCCUGGACCAGAUCACCCUGCAGCUGAGCCGGGAGGGGAACCUGGAGGCGGGGCUGGCCAAGGACAUGGUGCUGAGCUGCCUGCUGCGGGUGGCCAGCGACAUGCCGUCCAGCGAGAUCAGCACGCCCUUUCUGCAGAUUUCAAAUGAAGCCUCCAGGGAGCAGCUCGCCGAGAAUAAAGAGGAGUAACCCCGGUGUCAAGGAACCCUCUCAUCCAAUUCACUAUUUAUUGUAGCUCAACUCCAAAAA